CAAUCACUCCACGAUGAUUCGUAGCCAGGCUUAGCCUUCUCGGCCCAUAUUAUAUAGCAACAAAAAAAAACUUGGGCUGAGAAACAGAAGGGAGCUUGGCAAACGACGUCGUUUUGUUGGUUAUUGCUAUCCCAUCUCUUUCAAUUGUGUGUUUACAAGCUCCAACGGCGGUUCACUCGAGCUCCGGCGACUCCACUGCCCCUUCUCAAAGAUGCAGUUUCUGGAGAAGGUGAAAAUGAUAAAGAAGGAAGAGCCGCCGGUGACGGUGAAGAAUCCAGAAAGCUUACCUCUUUACUGGUACGAAACCUCAGAUUCCGUCUCUCGCCGCUUCCACUUCGAAUCCGAUGGCCACCUCUCUAUGAAACUUGUUGAUGACGCAAGACCAGUUCCUCAGAAGAUGGUCGAGUCUUUCCUUAACAAGUUCUUUCCUUCUGGAUAUCCUUACAGUGUGAACGAAGGAUAUCUUAGGUACACACAGUUUCGAGCACUUCAGCAUUUCUCUAGCGCUGCGUUAUCAGUCUUAUCCACUCAGUCACUGCUAUUUGCUGCAGGCUUGCGGCCUACACCGGCUCAAGCAACCGUCGUCAGCUGGAUUCUUAAGGAUGGGAUGCAACAUAUGGGAAAGCUGAUUUGUAGCAAUUUGGGUGCAAGAAUGGACUCUGAGCCUAAACAGUGGAGGAUCCUCGCUGAUGUGCUCUACGAUUUUGGUACUGGUCUGGAACUCGUUUCUCCUUUAUGCCCACAUCUGUUUCUUGAACUGGCUGGUCUUGGGAACUUCGCUAAGGGAAUGGCUGUGGUUGCAGCAAGGGCAACAAGAUUACCGAUAUAUUCAUCUUUCGCCAAAGAAGGAAACCUCAGUGACAUUUUUGCUAAAGGAGAAGCUAUCUCUACUCUUUUUAAUGUUGCUGGGAUUGGUGCCGGGAUUCAACUUGCUUCCACAGUAUGCUCAUCAAUGGAGGGAAAAUUGGUGGUUGGAUCACUUCUCUCGGCUGUGCAUGUGUAUUGUGUGGUAGAGCAGAUGCGAGUAGUACCAAUCAACACACUGAAUCCCCAGAGAACCGCUUUGAUCGUGGCUAAUUUUCUGAAGACUGGUAAAGUCCCAAGACCUCCUGAUCUAAGACUCCAAGAAAACCUACUGUUCCCCGAGAAACCAAUCCAAGAUGCAGGAAACGUGAGAGUAGGAAGGGCUCUGCAUAAAGCUGUGAAGCCUUCCCAAGUGCAGAAACUAAAAGAAGUGUUUGCAGAAGAGAAGUUUCUACUGAGUCAAGGCAAAUCAUGGACCGAUAUGGUAUUGGAGCACGAUGCAACUGGUGAAGAUGCAUUGCGAGGAUGGCUAGUUGCAGCUUAUGCCAAGUCGAUGACAAAGAUAUACAAUGACCCUGAUGAUGUAAUACUGCAAGACGCGUAUGACAAGAUGAAUGAUGUCUUCGGUCCGUUUUUGUCUCAAGUGCAGGCUAAAGGAUGGUAUACCGAUAGAUUUUUGGAUGGCACGGGUACAAGAUUUGCUUGGUAGGGUCUGAGUUUCAGGUAAAGUUGUUCAAGUGUAGACACAAUCUAGUGGCUGAAGACUAGAGUCAGAUUGUUAGGUGAAACCAAAGUGUUGUGGAGAAGUUUGAAGGUACGGUUCUUUGUCCUCGUUUGUACUUCUUUUUGGGAGGGUCAUUGUUAGGUCUACUACAAUAUAUUAUCAUAUGAUUUCAAAGUGGAAUCUGAUGAAUACUUUUUAUGAAAAUAUAUUUCUUUUAUGUAAAAAAGUUGGUAUCUCUUUGUGGUUUAAAUUUUGUAUUAUCCAUGGUCAAAUCAUGUGUACUGGCAAUUUUUAUCCUUAGCCAUGGACUCUUUAGUCUUUGUUUGGGGUUUUUGUUGCCUGUUGUUGAAUAUAUUAAUCUAAUACUAGUUGGA